AUGCCACACAAAGCCUCUCGGCUUCUCCCAGAGGCGCUUAUCACAGAAUUCACAACUCAAGGGCCCUCACUGCGGCGCCUCCCCUACGAAGGUUCAUUUGCACCAACGAACGGGAGCAGCAACAGCAGUAGUAGCAGCUCUUCUUUCCGGAGCAGAUCAAAUAGCAGCCGCAGCUGCUGUAUUGGCGGCACCAGUAGUUGCAGCAGCAACCGUAGAGACGGCAACCUCAAUUCAUAUGGCAACAGCAGCAACAGCAGACCUAGCGGCACCAGCAACGGCCCAGAUGGUUCGGCUAGUGCCUUGUAUAUAAGGCGAUUUGCCGGUGGUUUCUGUAGCAAGAAUGCCGCAGAUCUUUGGGUCCUCCGCCCCUUCCGGUUAAGGUCCUCUUGCGCCACUCUGGAGUGUUUAGGGCUUCGACAGUUGCCUUAUGCUCCCUUUAAAGCUUGCAUCGCCUCUCCUUUGUCUCUGCAUUCGCCGUUGCGGUCCCUGUGUGCUGCUGCUGUUGCCGCGGGGGCUGAGCAGAAGCAGCACAUAGGAUGCGAGGAACAGUGGGUCGGGCAGCAGCAGGGGACAGCCGCCAAAGAGACGGCAGGAGCACACGCCCCGGUUUUUGCUGCUGCUCGCAGCAGUAACGCAUGCAUUCUCUUGAAACCCUCUGAAACAACACCGGGAGGCAUUCAAAGGCGUCGUUUGGUUCGUCUUGGGCAUCCGUGGAUCUUCGACUUCGAAGUUGAAAACAUCAAAUAUUUCAGCAAGUUGCAAACAGGAAAAUUGUUGCCUGUCUAUGACGACGAUGGAACGUACCUUGGCUCUGGUCUUUUCAGCAGACAGGCGUCAGUGGCAGUCCGAAUGGUUACUCGUAGCACCAACAGCAGCAACGGCCGCAAUGGCAGCAGCAGCAGUCGCAGCAGCGCCGUCGACGCUCCGAGUGAAGGCCGCACUAGCGAGCUUUUGUGCGACCGCUUUCGUGCUGCACUCCAACAGCGACGCCUGCGUUAUGCACGGCAGUCGAGACCUGUAGACAGCACCAACGUUGGCAGCAGCACUCACAGUAGCAGCACUAGGAACGGCAACAGCACAGGGUUGCCGAAUGUAUGGCGCGCGGUGGAUGGGGAGGCAGAUGGACUUCCAGGGGUUGAACUCGAUGUCUAUGAAUCGGCUGCAGUGCUCCGGCUGUCUUCCCAGUCGAUGUUGCCAUAUAAGGACGCCUUUGUUGAUUUGAUAAAGGAGGCAGUUGACCCAAGUACUCUUUCUUUGCAGACCCUCAAGUCAAAGAAGGAAAAAUGUGCACAAGGAGGGGCGGAGUACGUCAGCGAACUUGUGGUGGGAUCGGAUCCCAUCGCUUGGAUUUCUGCUUGGGGUCUGUCUCAGCCGACUGUGCAUACACUCAACGAGAAGGCAGCAGCUGCAAACGACCUCUCCUCGGCUGUCUCCUGCAUUCACACCGAAGAUGUUCUCCAAGAGAUGGCAAACUUCAAGGCCUCUGCACUCAGGUUCCGCGGGGUGUACGUACACCUGAACCCCAAUGUGCUCUUCUCUGCUGCCGAACGAGGCGGGCAGUUUGGACGUUGGUUCCGGCCGUCUUUACGUGGCAUUGAGUCACAGUGGACUGCAGCAGCAUCACUUGUGGAGAGCGGCGGCUUAUUAGCAACUUCGCUGCUGCUGCCUCCACACCUUAACUCUUGGGCAGUGCGCAGUCUCUGUCGAGCUGCAGAGACUGCCGGGAAAAAGCCUUCGCUAAUCUUCGCAAGCGUUGCCUCUCCUGACUCAAGGUGA